UCUCCCUCUCUCUCUGUUUCUCUCCCACCCCUCUCCGCACUCCCUGUUUACAGUCUUGGCCAUUGUGAACGUUGUGUCUUGGUCAUUAGCGUGGUCUUGGACCUCACCAGAAUAAUGCUGGCUUUUCCAUCUGACGGCGCACAGUAAAAUAAUCUCGCGAAUAGAAAGGAAGAAAGGAAUUCUGAAUUGUGAAGACCGAUCCAGGCUCCAUGGCCUGAUCUGUGCCGGCAGUAGAUCAGCUGCAGCUGAAGCCUCCGAGAUGCUCCGAGCUCUCUGCAGUUGCACAGUAACACCACCGUCACCGAUACCGGUCCGGGGACACAGCUAUGCUUUUCAGACGGAGAGCCAGGAUGUUGCGAUGGCUGGUGUGUGGUCGGUUGGGUCCAGUUUGGAUGUGGAAGGUACUUCUGCUUUUUGUGGCCCUUGCAUUUGCUGGCCAGCUGCUAGGGGUCAUCUUCAACAAGAGCAGUUACCAGACAGCUACUCGCUCCAUCUUUUUGUCCCCUGAUGCUCAGGGGCCUUCUCUGGGCUCCUGUCAGCCACAUACUCACAUCAUGUUCCUCAAGACCCACAAGACGGCUAGCAGCACUGUGCUCAAUAUGCUGUACCGCUUCGGAGAAGAGCGUGACCUCCGUUUUGCCCUUCCCUUGGGCUACCAGCUGGGCUACCCACUUCCCUUCAACGCUCACAGGGUCAAAGGUUAUCGAGGUCCUAGAGCAGUGGAGUUCCACAUCAUGGGCAAUCAUAUGAGAUUUAACAAGCUGGAGGUUGAGAAGGUGAUGCCUGCAGACACGUUCUACUUCUCUAUCAUCAGGGAUCCAGUCGCUCUGGCCGAGUCCUCCUUUGCUUAUUACAAAGAGGUAGCACCUGCCUUUCGGAAAACCAAAGGCUUGGGUGACUUUGCCGAUGACCCUAAGAAAUACUACGAUCCUCACCUCCGCAACAACCACUAUGCCCGCAACCUGCUAUGGUUUGACUUUGGCAUGGACCACAAUGCCAAUUUCUCUGUAGCACUGGCUCAGCGCGGCCAGGCCAUGAUCCACCGAGCCUUCAACCUGAUUCUAGUGUCUGAGUAUUUUGACCAGUCCAUGAUCCUGCUGAGACAUGCUCUCUGCUGGCCACUGGAUGCUGUUGUCUCAUUCAGCCUCAAUGCUCGGCAGCAGAAGCCAGGUGGCGCUGGUGGGAUAAGUGGGAGUUGGGUGGGCAAAGCAGCAGCAGCAGCUGGUGUCGGUGGUAGAGGGGGACGUUCACAAGCCAAGACAAUGCCCAAUCUGUCAUUAACAGAGGAACAGAAGGAGAAGCUGCGGCAGUGGAAUGCCUUAGACUGGUACUUAUACAAAGCCUUCAACCGGACCUUCUGGAAGGAAAUUGACAGAUUUGGUCACGCCCAGAUGGAGCAGGAAGUAGCUCUUCUCAGGAUGCGGCGCAAAGAUCUGGCCAGGGUUUGUCUCAGGGAUGGUGGGAAGCCUGUUGAGGCACACCGGAUCCGAGACAAAAACAUACGGCCAUUCCAGAGUGGAUUAGUUAAGAUUCUUGGCUAUGAGCUCCAGCUGGGGCUGGACAACACCACCAGGACAGCUUGUCUGAGAAUGAUCAGGCCUGAGAUACAGUACAAAGACUUGUUGGAUGCUAAACAAUUCCCACGUGCUCCAGUAGUCCAGGCCCAGCCUGGGCACCAAAGCCAGGGCCUCAUGGUAGCAGCUGGUGGCUCCCUUUUAAGACAAGACUUGACCAGGACUGAAGAGAAGCUGGUGGGGGGAGAGGCUGAAAGGAGGAUUGCGGAGGAGGGCGAGAGAGACUGGGACAGAAGCCGUUUAAUUAGGAACAACCAGACUUUGAUGGGAGAGAAAGAAAAAGGCAGAUUGAGAUAGUCUGCGGGAGUUGAAGAGCUGUAUGGCCUGAGGGACAACCUGUCUGUGGAGUAGGACAGAGACAGCAGCCUGUCACUGAGUGUGCUCCUCUGCCUGUUCAAGGUGCUAUGCAGAGGGUGAUGGACAUUGUUCAUUAUGGACCAGAACUUGAAAGAACCCUUUCCUCUGCCACAGAUGUUAGGGACUGCAGCUCUGUCCCCACCACAGAGCCAGCCUUCCUCACCAGCUUGUCCAGCCAUGAGGCGUCCUUCUUAGUGCUGUACAGCAGCAUAUAAGAGGACAGCAGUCUGGCAGAACAUCUGCAGCAGCUUCUGGCAGAUGCUAAAGGACCUCAGCCUCCUCAGGAAGUAGAGCCAGCUCUGUACUUUCUUGUACAAUGUGUCUGUGUUAGGUGACCAGUCCAAUUUGUUAUCUAAUUGCAGUCCCAGGUAUUUGUAGGUUAUGACAAACUCCACAAAGUCCCUGUCGAUGGCCACGGGAUGCGAGUGGAGCCUGGGCCUUCAGAAGUCCACCACCAUCUCCUUGGUUUUGGUGAUGUUGAUGUGUAGUGGUGUUUAGACCUGCACCACACCCCGAAGUCCUUUACCAGGGUCCUGUACUCCUCCUCCUGUCCAUCUGUGAUGCACCCCACACUUGCAGUGUCAUCUGAAAACUUCUGCAUUUGACAUGUCUGAAAUGUAUUUGAAGUCUGAGGUGUACAAGACGAACUGGACAGGGGAGAGCACCGUCCCCUGUGGUUUCUCCUGUGCUGCUGAUUACAGUCAGAGGUGCAACCCUCAACCUGACAUACUCAUGUCUCCUGGUGAGAGUCUGUAAUCCAUAACACAAGGUGUGAGUCCACUCCCGUCACUGUCAGUUUGUCUCUCAGCAGCUGGGUGGUGUUGAAGGUGCUGGAGAAAUCGAAAAACAUGAUCCUCACAACAGCACCCAACCUUCUCCUGGUACGUAAACUAUGACGGUUGUUUUCAGGGCGACCGGCCUGAAAUUGUUCAGCUCUUGGGGGUGUGGCUUCUUGAGGACAGGGAUGAUGCAGAGGGACUCUCCCCUGUUGCAGACUCGGGUUGAAAACAUGCUGGAGUGGUUACCCCAGCACAGAAAGGAGGCCUGAGUAGUUGUGGGGACUCUUUGUAAGGGUCGGCAGCUUUGCUGGGGCCGUGGUGCUUGUACGAACACCUCACCAGCUGCUGUGGGAGUUGACAGAAGACCACCUUGUCUGUAAAUUAACAGCCAGAGGACAUCUAUCUGCUACGGUUUUCACUUAGCUGCCAUCUGCCAAUAGAGCACAACAAAGUAUUACCUGUAGCAGUAAUGGUUUGAGAAUGAACUGUGGAACAGAUGUCACAGUUUGGAGGAGCUCAAGCUGUCAGCUGCAGAGUGUUCGAAUUCAGCUGGUAUACUACCAGUGGACGUUUGCACAGACAUGUCAGUGUCUUCGAGUUUAUGGAAUGAAUAUCUGGAAACAGCCUGAAGAGUGUUGGAACUCUAAUUGUAUGUUGAAACUUCCUACAUUGAACUUUUGACUGCUUGUUGCUAAUAGUAUGAGUUCUUCCACAGAACAAUGGUGUAUUCUUCAUUCCUCUACAGUAUGAAUGAUGUCACCUGACAUGGGUCAGCUUUCUGGGGGGGAUCAGAUGGACUGCAAUGUUUUAGAGUGGCUGUCUCCUGUUUCCUCUGGUGAAAAGGCUAUUGUUAAUCAGCUUUUACAGUCAAGUAGUUUAGGUACUGAAUUAAAGGGAUUUAAAAUGAAAGAAGCAUACUUGGUUUCAUUAAUUUUCAGUUCUUCUAGGAAAAAAUGCAUACAUAGUUUCUUCUCUAUAAUCUGAAAUGCAAUUGAAAUUUGCUUCAGUUACAUAAUCAAUUAUUACAGUGACCCUUAUGGAGCCUGACCAAUGCUUAGCCCUGACUGAAGAUGUUACUCUGAAAUGUGAUAUGAGACAAAUGACUGGGUCAUCAAGAUGUUUUUUUAUUUAAGUCAGUACAAAUCAUGUUAAAUCAGAAAUUUUGCAUUAUUUUUUUUUCCUUUCUGGUAGAGAAAAGUGGUGCACAGCAGAACUUUGUUCACUGCUACCAACUGUGUCAGAAAACUCUAACCUGUUACAGCAAUUCUACUGAGUCAAAUGGUCUCCUUUAUAUGCAGUACCUUGUACUGACAUAAAUGCAAAGGACCGUUCUUGGUCAGAGUAUUUAUACCGAAACAACCUUUUGAGUUUUGAAAUAUUAUUCCCUUGACGGUUUUUGUACGAGCUAUUCACUGAUCGAAAUUUAAGUUACAGGACAUGGUCAGUUACAUCUAAUGGAAAUAGAUUUUUAUUUUAGGCUGAUACCAAUGUUAGUUUUUCAAAAAUCAGUCAACAAGAAUAAUUUGACAAAGUUCUUUAAAAACAAACAAACAAAACAAAACAGCUUGUCUUUGGUGGACAAACUGGUUGGAGACACAACCUAUCCAGGACCAGAUUA